GAAAACGAAAAUGGAGAUUUCAUUCGACCUGGGCUUCUAAAGAGCAAUCCGUUCAUGCAAGAGGAAAUGAAAAGACGAGAGGAAAAAAAACGAACGUGUUUACUGGAAAAUGAACCAUCCAGACAAAAUUCGAAAGUUGCAUUGCCCUGUUUUGAGAGACAAAACUCGAGCCAAGAAAACGCAUUGCCAAAACCUAAAUCCCCUUCACCGGUUAUUCUUAGAAAACGAUCCGUAGAAACUCCACCAAUUCGUACCUCAGAACUCAUCUCAUUUGCGGAGAAACCUGCGCAAAGAAAAAUCUCCCAAGUUGAAACCUUUUUAGACCAAAUGCCACCAGUAAAAAAUUCAAGACGAACUACUCAAUUAAGAAAAUCAUGUUCAUCUUCUUCGUCCACGAGUAGCUCUGAGUCAUCUGGAUCGUCGCGAAAUGAGGACAAAAAGGUAACAAGCCCCACGACGAUACAGGAAACUCAUUUCAGAGGUUCUGCACAUGAAUCUUUAACAACUACAAGAAAGAGCUCCAGUGAAAAUGAAGCCAGUACUCGUGUUCAACUAAGACAAAAUAAAAUAUCAGAUCAUGAGAAACGAAAAAGUACCCAUUCAUCAAACACACGAAAGUCAAAUUCUUCGAAGAUUGUAAGCUAUCAUGAUUCUUCAAGGAAAUCAAGUCAUACGGCUUCUCGGUUGGAAAGCUCCAGUGAAUCAAGUAAACCGAUGCCGAGAUCAGAGUCUAAAAAAGAGAUUGAAGGUGCUAACAGAAAAUCUCAUUCUCCCACAAUUUCCACAACGCCAACUUCAAGCACGAGUACGAUAUCAUCGAAGACCCAAUCAGAAGCAAGUUCUGGUAAGCGUCUUUAUAAGAAAUCCGGGAAUGCCUCAAGCCCUCGGAAAGUAUCUUCGUCUUCAAGUGCCUCAGGAGUCUCUUUGAGCGAUAAAUCGGAAUCAGGGAAAGAAUCAGACCAUUCCAAUUCGACUUCAGCCAAACCGAAGUAA